AUGGCCGUCCUUGUGUAUGUGUUGUUGUACGUCCAUCGAAGAAAUAAAAUCCCAGACUUAUUUUGAAAAUAAAAUCUGAUUAUAUUACUAAGAAAUAUUUGUUAUAGAUAAUAAUGAAAUUUAAAUUCUAAAUCUCUAAAAUGGAUAGACAAACGGAUGCCACGAGUCCAGAGAGUGCCAAAAGAAGUCCGUUCGAUGAUCUGACUAAAGAAGAGUUGGUUCAGAAAUGCAAGGGAUUGCUAUCGAUUGCCCAAAAAGCCAAACAGGCUAGAUCUGAUUUGUUGAAUGAUAAUGACAACUACAAGGCAGCACUUGAGAAGUGUGAAAAAGAGAAGAAAUCUUGUUUAGAAAACAUCCAGACAUUGCAAGAAUUAGUCAAUUCCUUGACUGAACAAAAACUCAAUUACAUUACAGAAGUUGAUUCGGCCAACUCACAAAUAAAAUCACUUAAUAACAAAUGCAGGAGUUAUGAAGAAGAGAUCAAUGAAUAUAAAGCUGAUAUCAUUGUGAAGAAUAAAAAUUAUGAUGAUACAGCUCAAAAGUUAUCAGAUCUUGAUAGUGAGAUCAUUUCUUUGAAAAGGCAAAAUAAAAGACUGCUAGAAGAGAAUGAACAACUUAUAAAUCAGCUCACUGAACUUGAAGUUCAAACAAAUGAAUUCAAUAAUAUUGGUCUGCAACAGAGGGAACAACUGAAAAUGUUGGAAGACAAAGUACAGUCGGAUAAUGAGUACAAGAUUCAAAUUGAACAUUUAAACAAUAAAGUUGAAGAAUUGCAAAUGCAACUGAAUUCAAAUAAAACUUCAGAAAGUCAAGAUCUAACACUAGAUUAUGAGAUGAAAUUAAAGGAUAUCACUGAGAUGUUAGAAUGUGAAAAAAAUAAAAAGGAGAAAGCUAACAUUAAAUUAAGAAGUUAUAAAGAAAAAAUACUGAAAUGUGCUGCAUGCAUCAAUCAACUUAAAAAUUCUAGAUUUAUUCUAACUAAAACAGUGAAAGAAUAUUCUGAAAGUAUACCAAAAUGGCAAAAUGAUAUUAUCAAAGCUUCUAAAGUUUUAGACGAUCAGAUUAAUCAGUUGAAUAAUGAAAAUCUGAACCUGAAAGAAAAACUGAGUAAACUAGAAAAAAUGUUAGCAGCACAAAAUGAUGUGACUGAAACUGAAAAUGAGGUGAAUCAGGAAAAUAGGUUGUUGAAAUCUGAAAUAUCUGAAUUAAAACUGCAGUUGAGUGAUACUUUACAAUGUAAUAAUAUUCAAAAAGCAGAUUUGGAAAAUUAUAAAACAGAAUGGGAAAAGGAAAAUAUGAUACUGAGUGAACAAAUAAUAGAUAUGCGUGAUAACUUAAAUAAAGUUACACAAAAAAAUAAAGAACUUAAUUCAAUUGUUGAUGAACUUAAAUCUGAAAAUAAAAAGUUACUCAACUCAAUAGAAAAUCAAAUCAAAGAUAGUGAAGUAGUUGGUAACAUGGUAUUGCAAAUAAAGGCCUUAGAAAGUGAAAAAUCCAUAUUAGUCAAAGAGAAAAUGAAUGCAAGAGACAGUGUUAUUGAACUAGAAACCCAAAACAAAUCACUUACUAAUCAAUUAGAACAGGCUAGAUCAGAAUCACAAUUAAUGAAAUCUGAAAUAGAGUUGCUUACACAACAAAAAUCAGCACUUGAGGCUAAUUAUAAAACUGAGAAGAGUGAUGAAAUCAACAAUUUGAGAUCUCAAAUGAAAACAUUGCAGGAACAAUAUGAUUUCCUAACAAAGCAACAUGAUGAAUUACACGAUUUGAAUGGCCUUCUGAAAGAAGAAGUAGAAACUUUAAAACUUUCUUUGGAACAACCAAAAGAUGAUAGUUCAGACUUAAAUGAUUCAUUUCAAGCUGAUUUAGUAAAAUUGGAAACAAAGUUGUCCGCUUAUAAACAAGAGAAUGCCUCUCUUUUGAGUGAAGUAAAGGAGUCCCGCGCUAAAAUCAAAGAAUUUGAUAAUUUAUUGGCUGAAUCAGAAGAUGUUAAAUCAAAACUAAUGGGAUAUAAAACCGAAAAUGCUGAAUUACUUAAUGAAAUGAAAGAAAUAAACCAAGUACUGAAAGAGCGCGGUGAAGCUAUAUCUAAGUUACAAAAGGCAAUUGCUGAACUAGAGAGAUUAGUUGAAACAUUAGAGAAAGAUAGAGAUAAUGCGAUUCAAGAAAAGAACGAUUUAAAUAAAAGAGUUGCAAGCUUAGAAAAGGAUUUAGAAAAUGCAGAAUCAAAGACUGAUACCAACAAGGGAGUAAGCGAACAAAUUAUUAUUGAGAGAGACAAUGCUCUAAAAUCACUGGCCGAUAAAGAAGCUUUAAUAACUGCUUUAAAAGAUGAAAUAGAUAAAUUAAAACAGCCACAAAUACCAUCAGAUUUACCACAUGAGGAUAUGUCCACAUCUACCAUAUCCAAAGCUGAGGAACAGUCAAGGAUGAAAGAUUUAGAUGAAACCUUUGAAGAAAAGUACACAAAAUUACGUAUAUUUGCUUUGAAACUAAAGAAAAAGCUUAACGAGACAACGACACAACUACAAAACGUGGAACAUGAUAAAGCUAAAUUGGAGAAGUUACUUCAAGAAAAUGGUACAAAACAGUCGGUGAGCUGCGAUGCCGUUGACGGUGUGAAGGAAGAAAUAGGUGAUCUUCAGGCUAAGGUCACCACUCUGACCGAAGCUGCUGAACUUGCUGAAAAGAAAACUGCAGAGUUAGAAAUUAUUCAAGCUGAAUUGGAAUCUAUAUCUAAACAACUGGCAGCUGAAAUUGAAGCUCAUAAAGCCACUAAGGACCAGCUGGAUAAAGCGCGUCGAGAUGCGAAGAAGAAAAAUGUAUUGAGUUUGGAAAUGGAGGAUUAUGAGAGGUCCAUGAAGGAACUCACCACGAAAAUGGAAGAAAAGAAGAAGAAGAUGGUACAAAUGGAAUCUACAAUUGACACUCAAGAAGGAAUUAUAACCACAAUGAAGACACAAAUAAAGUUACUAGAAGAGCAAAUAAAGGCUGAAGAGACUCAAAAUAGACUUACAAGGGAAGAACUUCAACACAUAGUAGAAGAAGGGAAAGAGAAAGACAGCAUUAUCCAGACCAAAAAUGGUUUAAUAUUCAAACUGGAACAAGACCUUGAGGUUGAGAAGAGAAAGAAUGAAGAGACAGAUUUAGAAAUGACUGCAUUGAUUAGUGAAAAGGAGAAAAUGAUAAUGGUGUUAGGAGAAGACAAGGCAGAGUUGAACAACAAAGCGAAGAAGUUGGAAUUCAAGUGUUCUGAGCUGAAUGAGAAAUUGAGGAUAGCUAAUAUUGAGUUAGGAGAUUUGAAGACUGAAUACACUAGUUACAAGGUGCGAGCACAGGCCGUGUUACGUCAGAACCAAACGGUGGACCACAGCCAAGAGGAACAGCUCAAAGAAGAGGCCGCCGCGUUGAGGGCGCAGAUAGAGACGCUAACGAUGAAACUAGCGACGAUGUCCGAACAGUGUGCCGAGCGUACAUCGGAGGCGGAGAGCGGGCGGCGACGCGCGGCCGAGGCGGCGGCGGAGGCGGGCCGCGCGCAGCAGCGCACCGCGCGGCUGCAGGCCGACCUCACGCGGCUGGGGCUGCAGCUUGAGGAGGAGCGCACGCAACACAAAUUGCAGAUAUCAACCCUAACACAAUGCUAUAAGACUCAAAUCAGCGAGUUGGAGGGUCGGCUUCAGAGCGAGACGGAAUCUCUGAGGAAACAAGUAGCAGUGUUGCAGGAAAGCUCCCAGACUAAGAGGGACGAUAACUCCAACCAGUACAUGUUGCCGGUCAUAUCUAAGGAAGAAAGCGACGGCGAAAUGGACAUAAAUGUGUCUAUGAUACCCAGGGAAGAAGGCGAGGGUUCAGAAGCAGCUCCGUCGCCUCCGCCGUCCAAAUCGUACAUGACGAGCGCGGGAAGCGGUCGCUCGCCGGUGCCCCUCGAGAGAUUACUUGAAGAAGGCGUGCCAGAAGAUGAGGCCCUGGACGCGGCCUCCUUGGGACUGACGCCUGACCAGGAGAUCGCUGAUUUGAAGAGGAGACUUCAAGCGCAGCAGCAAAGGGUGAAACACGUGACCGUUUUGCUAUCUGAGUCGGAGCGGGAAGGCGCCCGGCUGUCGCAGCUGAGCGAACUGCUGAAAGCUGAGCUACGUCGAGUGCGCGCCGCCACGCAUAACGCCCACAACACCGAGUACAUGAAGAACGUUACCCUCAAGUUCCUAACCCUGGGCCCCGGCGACGAACGCAGCCGCUUAGUGCCAGUGUUACAGAAGAUAUUAACUCUCACACCUGAGGAGACACAAAAGAUUCAGGCCAUCGCUAGAGGUCAAGAUCCAAAUCCAGGUAAAGGCUGGGGCAGUUACCUACCAUGGCCCGGGGGAAAAUAAGUACUUAUUACUAAGAUAAAGAUAUAUCUAGAUAUUACAUUUUGGUUAUGCUUUUAGGAAGUAAUUUUUUAUUUAUUAUAUUGGGUAAAAAUAUUUCACUGAAGAUUUACGCUGCAGUAUCUAAAUGAGUAAAACCGCGUUCGCACGGACGCUAUAAAAGCUCCCAAAGUUUUUGCUUGUUUAUCACUUUUGACAUAAAUGAGAUUCAAUGUACGGCCCAUGCAUACUACGGAUACGGAUACUCAUGUUCCAUUCCAACGUUGUUUUAACUCACGUUAAAAUAGCACCCGUGUGAGCGAGGCUUCAAUGUUACAUUUAUAAUAAGAGGGAUGAUACAGUUUUAUAUUGAAAUUAUGAAUUUGAACGUAUAAGUAGUACAAUAAAUAGUCACUGACACAUUUUUGAAAUGAAACAGUUGCUUUUAUAAAUCUAUGAAUAAUAGAACUAUCUUAUAAUAUAGACAAAAAAUAUUAAUCCAUACCAUACCAUACUAUUAUAAAUGCGUAAGCUGUCUCUGUUUGUCCGUUUUCACGGCUAAACCCCUGCUGGACUGAUUUUGAUAUGAAAUUUGGUAUGCAUGUAGUUAAAGACUUCGUUCAUAGGCUUUUUUCAACUCAACCCCCAAAUGGGGUGAAAGUUUGUAUGAAAAAUCAUGCCUGUUCCGCUUUCGCAGAGAAAUUCACGGGGCGAAGUCGCGGGCAAAAUGUAGUUCUUUAUAUAAAUGGAUAUGUACAUUGCAAUGUAUUGAAUUGACAUCGAUUCUGCUGUGGCUUUUUAACACCCGUGCGAAAAGAGCCUUUUUCGAACUAUCCCCUAAGAUGACCUCGGCGCAGGGGAUUUGUGGAGUAAGUAUACAUAUGUCAAUUAAUCAAACGGUGUAUCCGUAAAUACAAAACCAUGAUUUGGACAAUGAAGAUAUAUGUAUAAAAAUAAUAAUUAAUUAAUUUCCAAAAUGCUAUCAAGUAUUUAGCACAUUUUGCCGUCAGUAUCGGUAAUAGGAAAUACCUACAUUUAUCUGUGAUUGAAGUUUUUAUUGUAUGUAAUUGAGAAGCAAUGAAAAUAACAGAGCAAUUUAUGUAUUGUGUAUAUGAAUUAUUUAAUUGAUAAAGUACUAAAUACAUAGUUAUUAUAAUUACAAAUAUAUAAUUGUGCCUAUGGUUAGUUGAUAAAAUGAAAUUGAUAGUAUCAUGUAAACUAUUGUUAUGUCACUUUGUUUUAUUACAAACGUUUACUAGUAAUGUUUUAUUUGCUAUUUUAUUUGAAAUAUAUGCAUUAUUAAUCUUCACACGACAUUUUAAUUACAAAUACUAUUUGGAGCUGGAGGAGAGAGUUGAUGGAAAAAUUAUCUAUGUCUUGAAUUCCAAGUAUUGAAAACACACAUUGACAUAUAUCAAAACUUUCGGAUAGAUUCUCAAUUAGUGUUUUAUUUAGAAUACGAUACCAUUUUUAGGCUCAUUCGCUUUACAUAUGUCACUGAAACUGACAAAGUUAUCAUAAUUAUUCUGGAAACCAAACAUAUCUUUUGAUUCUAUUUCGUUUUUCAGACCGAGUUAUAUUACAAGUUGAAUUAAUUCAGAUUCAGUCAAAUUUUAGUUUGGGAUAGGUAUUACAAACUUUAAUUAUAUUGGGGUCUUCUUUUCUAUAGGAAUUUCGCGUCAAAAUAUUUUGUAUGCAACGUUUCUAUCAAAGUUCCGUCUAUAAAUUAGCAAUCGAGUUUUAUAAUGUUGAAAAAUAAUUUAGAAUUUCAAAAAACACGAUUUAAUAAUUAGCAUGAUCCGCCAUUAAAUUACUUGACCUAUUACGGGGUUCGCUAUUAUCGUCUGGUUCUAUAAUAUAAUUUUAAUAAUGUGACAUUCUGAAACCAGUUAUGUGUAAAUAGACUAGACCGCUGUCGAAACUAGUAACAGAAGAGUCAAGGGCAACCAGAACUUGGAUUGAUUGAGCCGCUUUCACACAUGCGCGGUUGCACUAUUAUUCGGCUGUUGCGAUAUUUAAUUAGUAAUUUAUUUUAUGCACAAUAAAUUAUUCUAUUAUGAAGCAUACGUUUUUACUACUUUUCUGUUUCUGUGUAUUUUAUAUUUUUAAAGUAUAUAAUGUGGUAUGUAUUUGGCGUAUUUUUUACAUUGUACAACUUAUUCAUUAUUUCUAGAAUAUCUUAAAAAGUUAUUGUCUGUAUUUAGUUUAGAUUUGUAAAAUUUAUAUGAAUUGCAUAUAUAGUUGAAAAUUUGCACAGUUAUUCAAUAAAGUAAAAUAAAUCUGUUA